AUGACUUGGGAAGGAGCGCCGCCCGCGCCCAAGGCGCCCGCGCCCAAGGCGCCGCCCAAGGUGGCCUGCAAGGUGUUCAGCAACUUCAGGGCCGCAGACUUCAUAACCGAGACUGACAAGGAUUACAUCGACGUUAACGAGGGGGACAUUGUGUGGAAGUUCCACGGCGAGGACGACGACGGGUGGGCCAAGGUGGUCCCCAAGUCCUCGCCGGAGCAGACCGGCUGGGUACCAGCGGCGUACUUGAAGGCGGUCCCGAAGUGUGGGCCUGUUGCCUUGAAGGCCAAGCCGCCAUCGCCGACAAUGCCGAAACAAGCCAGUAUGAAGGCACCUCCUGCCAGCAUAGGGCCGCCGCCGACGGGGCCGCCGGCCAAGAGCGGCGGAGCCGCGUCGGCGCAGCCGGAGGCAUCGCCAAUGCCGUGGCCGAUGCCCGGCCCGCCGGCGGCGUCGCAGGCAUCGCCGGAGCACGCGGACGAGGCGAGAGCGAUCAAGGGUUCCGAUGCGAGCCGCCGAGGUGGCACGAAGAGUUUCAGUCCAGCGCUCGAGGAGAAGGGAGGGUAUUCCGAUUUGCACAACCUGUGGAAGACUUUCAUUGCAGUACAGAACCGUCAAGGGGACUCGUACGCGCAUUUCGCGUCUCCGAAAGACAUGCGUGAGGUCAUCACGCACCCCGGCUAUGGUUUCGGCUCCCCAGCAGCGGCCGCUCGUGCCAUGCUCUCCUGCGUUGAGCAAAUCUGCGCGCCGCUCCAGAAAGAUGUACUGUGUGGGACCGGCACUUGCCAACCGAUGGCGUGUUCGGUUCUCUUCGAGGCGGACGCGCAAGAGGCACGUGACGCAGCAGCAGCUUGGAGACCGUCGACUGGAGACCUCCGAACUGGCAUGCGAGUGCACGUGCCUGAUACGAAACCGCUACACAGCUUCGUGAAGGGAGCGCGGGGCAUGGCGCAGACUAUAUCUACCGCUCUAGCGUUGGCCACCAAUCCAGUCCUGUUGAGGACCGAAGGGGGGCUAGGACAGCAAGUGCAGCUGGACAACACCAUCGCCUGCGAUCACGGCGGUCUGGUCACGAGUAUGCUGGACCUUGCCAGUGAAUGCCAGGCAGGCGCAGCUCACAAGGUCAGGAACAGCAUUGCCAGCUGCAUCAGGAGCGUUCGCUUCAGGUUCAGUGGCAGGGCGGCCCUUACAGCGCCGCCCCAGGGCCCCCGCGGCGCCCCGGCCGCGGCGGACGCGGCAGCGCCCGCGGCGCCCGCGGCGGAGGCGCCACCCGCGCGCCGCCAGGGGCCCGCCGCCGCCGCGUGCCGCGGCGCCCCGGCUGCUGUGGGCGCAGGCGCGCCCGCGGCGCCGGCGGCGCCGGCGGCGGAGCUGCGGGCCGCGGAGGAAAGCCGCCGGCGGCACGUUCCGAGCGCCCUCACGGUGCGGACGCUAUCCCGGGUGAAGAUUCUUAUCCGGGUGGAGACGCUAUUCCCGGCGAAGACGCUAUUCCCUGUGAAGAUGCUAUUCCGGAUGAAGACGCUAUUCCGGGUGAACACGCUAUUCCGGGUGAAGACGCUAUUCCUUGUGAAGACGCUAUUCCCGAUGAAGAUCCUACUCCGGGUGAAGACGCUAUUCCCGGUGAGGACGCUCUUCCCGGUGAAGACGCUAUUCCGGGUGAAGACGCUAUUUCGGGUGAAGACGCUAUUAUUUGUGAAGACGUUAUUCCCGGUAAAGACGCUAUUCCCGGUGAAGACGCUAUUCCCGGACGUGUCGGACGUCCCGUCCAUCUCCGACGAGGAGUUCGGCAUGGGCGAGCCCAGGAAACCCAGGACUGCCUGCGAGCCCCCGUGGUGGCCGCACAGGCAGAGUGGCGACGGCGAGCAGGGCCCUGCGCGUGUGACGGAGAGCGUGCUGGCAGUAUUUCCCCGCGCUGCUUGCGUGAUCUCUUUGCUCCUGCACGCGAUCUUGCGAGUCACGAAGCCACAAGAGCAGGCACAGCACAUGAGAAGUGUGGCACAAUAG